AUGCCGCAGCUGUCGAACUUCUGCAAAAAGUGCGGUGGCAGAAUAGCGAUGAUGGUCCCUCCAGGGGAGAACGAGGAGCGCCAUGUGUGCAGUGACUGCGGCUACGUGGAUUACUGCAAUCCAAAACUGGUGAGCUUCCAGGAGCGCAUCAUGAAUACAUCAGCAGUAGCGGCUUGUGGUGGGGUGCAUAGUGGAGCAUGGGGACCAGCUGCUGCUGUGCCGGCGAGGGAUAGAGCCCUGCAAGGGGCUUUGGACAAUUCCGGCUGGUUCCUGGAAAUGGGCGAGAGCACUGCGGCCGGAGCUGCCCGAGAAACCUGGGAGGAAGCCAGUGCUCGUGUGGAGAUAGUGGCGCCGUACGCGCAUUGGGAUAUCCCGGUCAUUGGGCAGGCCUACAUUCUCUUCCCGCGCGCGGCUGGCGCCGCCGUUCACAUCUGCGCCGGGUACUGA